CCGGGUGGCUGGGUUUUGACUAGAAGGGAUACAGCUACCUCCAAUGGGCAUGAGCACUUCAAUACCGCAUAAUUUUUGAAACGCUGAAAACAGUUGAGUUGAUUAAUAUUUUUUUUAUUAUUGUAAGGGUAGGUUUAGGGUUGGGGUUGGUGUAGGCGUUAGCUAAUGUAAUUUAUUGUAAUUAUAUGGCGAGAUUUUGCACAACUUCCGGUGUAAUCGGCCGUAGCUGUAUCCCUUCUAGCAACAACCGGGAGGCUGGGCUUGACGCUGCGUCCAAGAUGGCGGUUAUCUCCAUUGAAAGGAUGGGGCUGCUGUCUGUGGUCUGUAUGUCUCUGCUUUUUAGCAGUGCUUUUGCUGUGGACCGGGGAAACUUUAAAACAUGUGAUCAGAGUGCUUUUUGCAAACGUCAACGGGCGCUCAAACCGGGCCAGUCCCCGUACCGGGCUCUUUUGGACACUUUGGAGCUUAGUGACUCCAGAAUGACUCUCCAGCUCAUCAAUGACAACAACAAGGUGCAUUUGUUGCUGGAGCUCUACAGGCUCCAGGGGAACAUGACGCGGGUGAAGAUAAAUGAGCUGAAACCUCUGAAGCCUCGCUUUGAGGUGCCAGACGUGCUCAUAGCAGACCCCCCUACUGAGCCUCUCUCAGUGUUGUCUAAGGAUGAAAACGGUGUCGUGUUGUCUCUGGGAGCAGAGAGCCAGAGGUUGAUUGUCAGUGCACGUCCCUUCAGGCUGGACAUUAUGGAGGGACCUGAAGUGCUCUUGUCCCUCAACUCUCAUGGCCUGCUGGCCUUUGAACACCUGCGGCUGCGCAAGGACACGCAAGCACAACCUGAUGGUGCAGAAGUGAAAGACAAUGUAGAUGAGGCUCAACAGCAAGAGGAAGGAGACAAGGAGGAAGAGGGAGAGCGUGAUAAAGAGGAAUCCGGCCUGUGGGAGGAAACAUUUAAAUCUCACACAGAUACUAAACCAAAUGGCCCCACAUCCAUAAGUUUAGACUUUUCCUUGCCUGGCGUAGAACAUGUAUAUGGAAUUCCAGAGCAUGCUGACAGCCUAAAACUAAAGACUACAGACGGUGGUGACCCAUAUAGGCUAUAUAACCUAGAUGUGUUUCAGUAUGAGCUCUAUAAUCCAAUGGCCUUAUAUGGAUCAGUGCCUGUCAUGCUGGCCCAUAAUGCACAGAGAACUAUGGGUAUUUUCUGGCUUAAUGCAGCUGAGACAUGGGUAGACAUUAGCUCUAACACAGCUGGAAAGACUGUUUUUGGUAAGAUGCUAGACUUCGUUCAAGGCUCCAGCGAGACGCCACAGACUGACAUUCGCUGGAUCUCUGAGAGUGGCAUCAUCGACGUCUUCAUCAUGCUUGGUCCUAAACCUGCAGAUGUCUUCUCACAAUACGCUUCCCUCACAGGCACCCAGUCUUUUCCUCCCCUUGCCAGUCUGGCCUAUCACCAGUGCCGCUGGAAUUAUAAUGACCAGGAUGAUGUGUGCUCAGUGGACCAGGGCUUUGACCAGCAUGACAUCCCAUAUGACUUCAUAUGGCUUGACAUCGAGCAUACUGAUGGCAAGAGAUACUUCACCUGGGACCCCCACAAGUUCUCUCAGCCUAAAGAAAUGCUACAGGGGAUAUCGGACAAGAAACGGAAGAUGGUGGCUAUAGUAGACCCCCACAUCAAAGUUGAUAGUGGCUACAAAAUCCACAAUGAGAUUACAUCUAAAGACUUUUACACUAAAAACAAAGAAGGUGGGAAUUAUGAAGGCUGGUGCUGGCCAGGAAACUCUGGUUACCCAGACUUCACAAAUCCAGAGAUGCAAGCCUGGUGGGCCAGUAUGUUUGCCUAUGAUCAGUAUGAGGGCUCGAUGGAGAACCUCUUUACUUGGAAUGACAUGAAUGAGCCUUCUGUGUUCAAUGGCCCUGAGGUUACCAUGCACAAAGAUGCUCUCCAUGGAACAUGGGAACACAGAGACAUACACAAUCUCUAUGGACUAUAUGUGCACAUGGCUACUGUCGAGGGUCAGAUUCAGCGAUCUGGUGGAGUUGAGAGGCCGUUUGUGCUGACCAGAGCUUUCUUUGCUGGCUCUCAGAGAUAUGGUGCUAUCUGGACUGGUGAUAAUGCAGCUGAAUGGGACCAUCUCAAGAUUUCUAUUCCCAUGUGUCUCAGCCUUGGACUCGUUGGCAUCUCUUUUUGUGGAGCUGAUGUCGGUGGCUUUUUUAAGCAUCCCAGCACUGAGCUGUUGGUUCGCUGGUACCAGACAGGUGCGUAUCAGCCGUUCUUCCGCGCUCACGCCCAUCUUGACACACCACGCAGGGAACCUUGGCUCUUUGGCCCAGAAAACACGGCUCUCAUCCGAGAGGCAAUUCGUCAGCGUUAUGCCCUACUGCCAUACUGGUACCAGCUCUUCUACCAUGCGCACACAACUGGAAUGCCAGUUAUGAGACCACUGUGGGUUGAGUAUCCCAUGGACACUGCUACUUUUACCAUUGAUGAUCAGUUCCUUCUUGGGAGAGAUUUGUUGGUUCACCCAGUCACAGAGGAAGGGGCUCGUGGAGUUACAGCCUACCUGCCUGGAGCUGGAGAAGUUUGGUACGAUGUGCACACUUUCCAGAAGCACAGCGGUGCACAAAAUCUGUACAUACCAGUUACUCUUAGCUCUAUUCCAGUGUUCCAGCGUGGUGGUUCUAUCAUUCCUAAGAAGGAAAGAGUUCGAAGGUCAUCUGUAUGCAUGGAAAAUGACCCAUACACCUUGUAUGUGGCUCUUAGUCCUCAGAAAUUUGCUGAAGGAGAACUCUACAUUGAUGAUGGCCAUACUUUUAACUAUGAUAAAAAGAAAGAAUUAAUUCACCGGAGUCUCACUUUUGCCAAAAAUGUUCUCACGUCUAGGAACUUGUGUCCAGAUUGUAACUUCUCAACUCCAUCCUGGAUUGAGAAAAUUUUAAUUUUGGGGGCCAGCAAGCCCAGCAAGGUUCUUCUUAAAGUGAAUGGCAAAGAAACCUCUGUGGAGUUUGAAUUUGAUACCUCCAUGUCAGUGUUAACCCUUCGUAAACCUGGCAUGAACGCUGGGGCCGACUGGACCAUUCUGCUCCGGUAACUCAGCGGAUCUCCACAGCAGCCGGGAACAGAUGACAUGAGGGAGGCACUUGGAAAAGAAAAGCACCCAAAAAACAAAAACAGAAUUUUACUAUUAAUUCAUAAACACAAAUUGAGUGCACGAAAAGCAAGAAGUGUUGUCCUGAAUCCAAGAAGAAUUCUCAGGCUUAAAAAAGUGGCAGGGUCAGACGGUAAAUGUUAUCCUAUUUUAAAUGUCAUACAAUUUACCAGACAAAUGUUUUGUUAAUAUUUUGAUGUAGUGAUUGUGGAGUUCAUUUAAUUGAAGCAUUGUGCAAGCUAUAAAUCUAUUUAAAUCCUCACAGUGCACAUUGAAAAUUCAAUUGUUACUGGAGAGAAUUGGUCUUUGACAAAUCCUUUUUCAACCACAAGGUGACACAUCAGCUUUACAAAUCACUGCUGUAUGUCCUAUGUUUUUAUACCAUUAAAGCUCCAGAAAAUCGUGUAGGUGUUUGCACAUCAA